AAUUAUAGUUAUUUGUUAUAUAUAAAAUUACUUUAUUUAAAUGGCUUCAAAUGGUAGGGAAAGCGUUGAUUCAAAGAAAUUUGAUGAAAAUGUGAAAAAUGAACAAACAACAAUUGAUUCUGAUGAUAAAGAAUUUUCAAGACAAUCAAGUCGAUACGGACAAAAUGUUAAAAACUAUGAAACCGAAUGGCGUGAUUUACUUCUACUCGCUUCAGAAUCAGGUCUUCGUAAAUUAAAAGAAAUGGCUGUGUCUGGCGAACUUAAGACUUCAAAAUUUCGUUCAGUUUGUUGGAACGUCUUACUUGGCGGCCUUAACAAUUCACCCGAAACAUGGAUAGAGCAACGAAGUCAACAGCGUGUGAAAUAUCACGAGAUAAGACGUAAACAUAUAAUUGAUACUAGUAAACUACAAGUUGAAGAAAGAGACAACCCAUUGUCUCAAUCAAAUGGUUCCUUUUGGAAUCAACACUUUAGAGACACUGAAUUACGGAACUUAAUAACUCAAGACGUCGUGAGAACAAACCCAACUGUUGAAUUCUAUCAUAGAAAUAACAUUAAAGAGAUUAUGAUUGACAUUUUAUUCUGUUAUGGUCGCGAGUUCCCUGAAAUUUGUUAUCGUCAAGGAAUGCAUGAAGUACUCGCCAAUCUUAUUUUUGUACUUCACUCUGAUCAUCAAAAUCUUUCGCACAUUCAAGAUGAAACUGAGAUCAGUUUAGAUCGAACAUUACAAAAUGUACUAAAUCCAACAUUCUUAGAAGAAGAUUCUUAUCAUCUGUUCGCUAUUAUUAUGCAGAGUUUGGAGCUGUUUUAUAGAAUCAACGACAUGACAAUAAAUUCAUCUGGCCAAUUAAUCAGUUUGCCAACAACAAAUCUUAAGAAACCUGACAUUGAAGUUCUUCAUCAACUCAAUAAUAUAAAAGAUAAGAUUUUUGCCAAGCAAGAUUUACAUUUACACAAUCAUUUGUUGAAACUUGAGAUUUCGAUGGGAUUUUUUGGAAUACGAUGGCUACGACUUCUUUUUGGCCGUGAAUUCAAUCUCCUCGAUUUACUUAUUUUAUGGGAUGCAAUUUUCGGUGUCGGAGAAAAUUUAAUUUUCACUCACUACGUUCUUGUUGCAAUGUUGGUCCAUGUUCGUGACAAAUUAAUACCUAGCGAAUAUCCUGAAUGUAUGUCAUAUUUGAUGAGAUAUCCACAAGACGCUGACGUUAUGCUUAUAAUCAGACACGCAUUGUUCAUGAAGUCUCCCGAAAAGUUUCCAUGCCCACCAAAUGCAUUUGUUUAUGUUGCUACAGCUGCUAAGAAGAAAAAGGAUAAAAAGACUGAAGACUUUACAAUUGUGAAACUUCCUUCGAACAGAACUUCUGUGGCUUUCAACAAUACAUCAAAUGCUCGAAUAAAUUUAGGAUCAACUUUAAGUUCAAUAAAGCAUGGAGAGGCUUCAAAACCAAAUGUAGGAGUAAACACAAGUUUGCCUGAUGAUGGUAUUGUAGAUGGUUACACAUUGGAUGAUCCACAAGUAUUAAAAAUGGAGUUGCAAGAUAAUUACAAUCUUAUGAGUGUCAGUCGAUCAAAGUUAAUGAUUUAUUUAUCAGUUUUACGUAAACAUAUUCCUGGAAAUCAAGUUGAUGAACUUCAUCAAGCACUUAAUGGGAUUGAAGAAUUAUGUUCUCUUUUAAAGCCAAAGAAUGAGUAUUUGUUUUCAAUACCAACACCUGUAGAUCCUGCAUUUGAAGCUGCUGAUGAAGAUACAUUACAAGGAAAAGCGACUCCUGUGUCAGUUCCUAAAAUUGGAUCAUCGCCUAAACCUAAAUCACCUUUUUCUCCAAAAACUAAGUUAAAUACAACACCAACUCGAGGAACAGUCUCAUUCUCUGUUCCUGGACCAUCAACUUCUUCAUCUCCGAAGUCAGUUGUGACACGUCGUUCCUUUCCAAUGAGUCCUAAAAAAAAUAAGUCCGAUAACCCUGAUCCUUAUGAAGUGCCGAAUAAUAAAGUUGAUAAAGCUAUAUUAGAGAAAUUAAAAGGAAUGAGCCAAGUAGAGUUAAAUGUGAUGAGACAAUCGGAUCUUGGAUAUUACGAUUCAAGUGAAUAUCCUCAAAAUGAUCCUGUUGGAGAAAGACGUAAUUCUCAAUGAUAUUUUAAUGAAAUUUUAGUUAUUUUAACUUUAAAAUUUAUUCAUACAUAAAUAUUUAACGUCCAAUCUACGAGUAAUUAUAUCGUAUAAUGGUUAUUGCUAUUAAAUAUUCUAUUGCUUAGAUACCUUUUCUCGCCUUUUUUUAAUAAAACAAAAUAAAAUUAUCAACAUGAAUGCAUUGGACAACUUUUGUUUCAUUUCCCAUUCUGGUUCAUAUCAACAGGUAAAAUCAAUAACGCAAGUUUUUAGAAUGAAUAGAUUAAGAAAACUUUUCUCAUGAAUGUUAUU